AUGAACUAUUUAGUGUUUAAUAAUAAUAAUUACUGUUAUAAAAAUAUAUUGAGAUCCUACAGAGUGAAGUCACAAUCGACGAGUAAUAACCUGUGGUCGCAGCAACAGUUGUCAGGCCCUGCGGCUGCCACGGCGAGUACUCGACCGAGCUCAAGUCACGCACCGAGAGCGGCGGAGGGUCUCGGAAAGCCGAACCGAGCGACGGCAGAGGUUUGUGGACAGGACGUGACGUGCGUGGACGUGUUCACGUUUCGUGCCGGCAGCGUCGGCGGCGGAGGGUCUCGGAAAACCAAAAAGAGCGACGGCAAAGGUUUGUGGGGACAGGACAUGACUUACGUGGACGUGUUCAAGUUUCGUACCGGCAGCGUCGGCGGCGGAGGGUCUCGGAAAGCCGAACCCAGGGACGGCAAAGGUUUGUGGGGACAGGACGUGACUUACGUGGACGUGUUCACGUUUCGUGCCGGCAGCGUCGGCGGCGGUCUCGGAAACCCGAAGCGAAGGGCGCCCGAACUUUCAGUAUCAAACGUAUAG